GCAUAUUUUUUGGUGGAAAGAGUAUGGCCACAGAACUACGUACUAAUAUCUCAUAAAUGUACAAAAACAAAUACACACACAUAUAUAGAUGUACAAAAACAAGUGUUUUGCGAAACUCCUUGCUUUUAGUUUGUCGAUUGAUUAACUUGGGAUUGAUAGCGUUUUUGCUGUGUCUUUCUACGCGGGUUCAGGUUGCUCUGCUCUUAGUUUCCAAGUACAUCAAGUAAGUGUGAGCAACCGGGUUUUACAAGAAUGGUUCCUGUAUCUUUGCCUGAAGAUCAAAACAACGACAAUGCUAGUUCGUCUCAGCAGUUGGAAACGACAUUGUCCGUCAUCACUGGCAUGGAGUCUACUCUUUACAGGGCUGCAGCAAAAGGAAAAAUUGAUGCCUUGGAGGAACAGGGUCAUCUUGACCAAUUAUUGACUCCAAAUAGGAAUACAGUACUCCAUAUUCAUAUCACUGCUGCCAAAUCGGAUGAUGAAACCGAAUUUGUGCAAGAGAUUCUUGAAAUUUGCCCACCAUUGUUGCUCCAAACCAACGUCAAAGGAGAGACUCCACUGCACCUAGCAGCAAGGUAUGGCCAUGAACGUAUAGUGAAAUUACUCAUUCGGCAGGCAAAAACAGAUCACGAAGAUCAUGAGCGCUUUCAGCAGAUGCUGAGGAUGACAAACAAAGAAAAGGACACCGCAUUGCACGAGGCUGUGCGCUUUGGGCAUCGUAAAGUUGUGAGUAUAUUGACAAAAGAAGACCCUAAUUUCUCAUAUUCAGGUAAUGAAGCCGGUGAGACACCGCUUUACAUGGCUGCCAAGAGAGGAUACGAUGCCAUAUUAAAUGACAUAUUACAUAACUGCUCAUCACCAGCCACAAGCGGUCCCAAUAAAAGAACUGUGCUGCAUGCGGUAUCAAUAGCUAAAAAUAAAGAAGUACUGUCAAAUACAGUGUUUACGAUUUCUUCAGAAAUGACAGAAAAAGUUUUAAGCAAGUUCAAAGAUCUCGCCAAACAAGAAGAUGACAACGGAAGAAUUCCGCUACAUUACGCUGCAGAACUCAACUGUGAGGAUGUUGUAAUGCUACUAUUAGAACAUGAUAAAUUCACGGCCUACAUAAAAGACAAAGAUGGUAUGACGGCACUUCAUAUUGCAGCUUCCAAAGGCCAUCACAUAGUAAUGAAGGAAAUAAUAUCAUUAUGUCCAGAUUGCUGUGAACUGGUUGACAACAGAGGUUGGAAUGUUCUACACUUUGCUGUGCAAGGGGGUGACAUGGACGCAGUUAGAGUCAUCGUCGACGAUUAUUCACUCAGUAAUUUAAUAAAUGAAAAGGAUGUUGAUGGUAAUACGCCUUUCCUGCUCAAUGCUACUUCAUUUACUUAUAGUUCCUACCUCGCUAAUUGCCCCAGAGUGGAUAAGGACGCAUUCAACAAACAAAAUCAGAAUGCUCUUGACAUUGUCUCCAGAAGCAAUGAAGCUGAUAUAAACAAGAAUCGUUGUAAAAGGAAAUUCAGAAGUAAAGGCAUAAGGUCCAAUCUCCGAAUAGCGCGUAUCCACACACAAAAUUCCGUUGGGGAAGAAGACGAUGAAUAUCUUUCUAACAUAGAGAAACUUUCACAAGCUCAACUAAUAGCGGCUACACUCAUUGCCACAGUCACAUUUGCAGCGGGUUUUACGUUACCUGGGGGUUAUGUUAGCGAUGAAGGGCCACUGCAGGGGUCGGCAAUUCUAAGGGAAGUUACAGCAUUCAAGGCGUUCAUGAUAACAGACACCAUAGCCAUGGUGCUGUCCAUUGCUUCUGUUUUUACCAACCUCUUCGUGGUGUCACACGGGGAUAAGUCCAUGAGGCUGUCGCUCGCUAUGUUAUCAUUAUGUCUGACGAUGUUGUCCAUGGGAGCAAUGGUGAUUGCAUUUGUCACUGGUACCUACGCGGUGUUGGCACAUUCCACUCCACUUGCAACUGCCACUGCUGUCAUUGGACUAUCUUUCUUCAUUUUCUUUUACAUCGUAUUUAAAAAAUUGAUUGCCCAAUUCAGAGAGCAAGUGUGAUGCUCUAUGCAGAUAUCAAACUGUUAACGACAAAGUAAGACAAAGUUGUGCUUGUCCUAUACGUACUUCAUUGUAAUUCCUAUUUAAUUUAAAUCAACGAUGAGUUUGUGUUGUGUGGCCA